GAAGGGACGUCGUGACGUCAAACGGAGGCUGGACCAUCAUGGCGACUGUCAUGAAGCUCGUCCACAGGAACGCUUUAACGUCGCUUAUGGGGCAGCACUGCCUGUCGUUCAGCUCCGCGGCGGCGCACAGAGCAGCCGGAGUAAGAGCGGCCCAGGCUUUUCCAGGGAAGGUGAAAAUAGUGGAGGUGGGACCAAGAGACGGCCUUCAGAAUGAGAAGACUCUUGUGCCAACAGAGGCCAAAAUUAAAUUAAUUAACAUGCUGUCAGAGUCCGGGCUGUCCGUCAUUGAGGCUACCAGCUUCGUCUCCCCAAAGUGGGUUCCACAGAUGGCAGACCAGGUGGAGGUGAUGAAGGGUAUCAGCAGGAAGCCCGGGGUGACUUAUCAAGUCCUCACCCCCAAUCUCCAGGGUUUCCAGGCUGCUGUCAAGGCAGGAGCCCCAGAAGUAGCCAUAUUUGGUGCUGCGUCUGAGCUCUUCAGCAAGAAGAACAUAAACUGCUCAGUGGAUGAGAGUUUACAGCGCUUUGACGAGGUUAUGAAAGCGGCUAAAGAAGCCGGUGUGCCAGUUAGAGGUUAUGUCUCCUGUGUCGUCGGAUGCCCGUAUGAAGGCAAGGUGGCACCUGAAAAAGUGGCACAUGUAGCUAAGCGGCUAUACUCCAUGGGCUGCUACGAGAUUUCUCUGGGUGACACCAUCGGAGUGGGAACUCCAGGCAGCAUGACUAAAAUGUUGGAGGCAGUGAUUAAAGAGGUGCCCGUCAGUGCGUUGGCGGUGCACUGCCAUGACACCUAUGGCCAGGCUCUGGCUAACAUCCUUGUAGCUUUACAGAUGGGAAUCAGUGUGGUGGAUUCAUCAGUAGCUGGACUGGGAGGCUGUCCCUAUGCCCAGGGGGCUUCUGGGAAUGUUUCAACUGAAGAUGUAGUUUAUAUGCUGCACGGACUUGGAAUUCAGACGGGAGUCGACCUCUCUAAGCUGAUGGAUGCUGGUGCUUUCAUCUGUCGAACCCUCAACAGGAAAACCAGCUCCAAGGUGGCACAGGCAGCCUGCAAACUGUAGAGGAACGACAAACCGGAGGCUCUCUCUCUCAGACUGAACACUAAAGCGUGAUUAUGUAACCUGGAGCUGUCUCUGUGUUUUUUUGUUUUUGUUUUUGUUUUUUUUUGGGGGGGGAGAAUUUA